ACCUGGCAACUCGAUGAACUUCCCAGCCAAUCAGCCUUCAGCUAGAUUCGACACCUGCUCGGUUUAAUGCUAGUCAAAGCCGGUGGCUCGCAUUGUCCACGAAGCCAAUUUAACCGCCUAAAAAAAUUGCAUUUUACACGAAAUAUAGUCUACAGCUAGUGUUUGUCGACACUGCAAGUGAGGCCAGUGUGAGCGAUGGGAAGAGAGAAGGACGCCAAAGGAGAAGGAAAAGCAAAGUACAAAGCGACGAAGCUGAAAAGGCUGAGUGACAAUGAAAACGCUGGUGCCGGGGGGGACGCGAUCAAGAACAGUGCAAAGUCAACUAAAUCUGCAGAAAAAACUGACAGUGGAAAGUCUCAUAAGAAGGUGAAAACAUCUAAGACAGAGAGACAAGAGUCAGCUGGCAGUCCAAGUGAGUCAGUGAAACAAGAGCCAAUGGAUGAUGACUUUAGAGAAAAGAAGAAGGGGUUGAAAAGGAAAAGAAUAAAGGAUGAGCCCAUGGAGGGUCCUUCACAUUCCACCACUACACCAUCCUCAAAGAAGAAAAAUAAGCGACAUAAGCAGCAAGAAGAAGGUGACAGGGAAGUUGAGAAAAAGAAGUCAAAGAAGAAAACCGAAAAGGUAAACAGCUGUCUUUCCCAGGCACAGAUGGUAAAGAAAGAGGAGGGAGAGCAUCCCGUCUCAAAAAAACCUAAGAGGACGAAAGAAGAGAUUGAGGAGGCAAGACAGUUGAAGAUCAAAAAGAAGGAGGAGGAGGAGCAGAGUCGCUGGAGAUGGUGGGAGGAAGAGAAGUACGAAGAUGGGGUGAAGUGGAAGUUCCUUGAACACAAUGGACCCUACUUCCCUGCCAACUACGAGCCUUUGCCAGACAACGUUCAUUUCAUCUAUAAUGGUAAGAAGGUGAAGCUGAGCCUUGCAGCUGAGGAGGUGGCAUUGUUCUUUGCUCAGAUGUUGGACCAUGAGUACACCACAAAGAAAGUCUUCCGGGAGAACUUCUUUAAAGACUGGAGGAAGGAAAUGACCCAUGAAGAGAGGUCAUUGAUUCAAGAUCUUGAAAAAUGUGACUUCGGAGAGCUUCAUGCUAUGCAUAAAGCCAAGGUUGAGGCCAGGAAAAACAUGACUAAAGAGGAGAAACUGGCUGUGAAAGAGGCCAACCAGAAGAUUGUGGAUGAGUAUGGCUAUUGUCUGCUUGACCACCACAAAGAACGCAUUGGCAACUUUAAGAUUGAGCCUCCAGGGCUGUUCCGGGGUAGAGGAGAGCAUCCCAAACAGGGUAUGCUGAAGAAAAGGAUCCAACCAGAGGAUGUCAUCAUCAACUGCAGCAAAGAAGGUCGUAUCCCUGUACCGCCUGCUGGUCACCACUGGAAGGAGGUUAGACAUGACAACACUGUGACAUGGCUGGCCAGCUGGACUGAGAACAUCCAGGGCUCCAUUAAAUACAUCAUGCUCAAUGCCAAUUCAAAACUCAAGGGAGAGAAAGACUGGGAGAAAUAUGAGAUUGCUCGGAAACUGAAGUCGUGCGUGGAUGACAUCCGUAACCAGUACAUGCAAGAUCUGAAAUCUAAACAGAUGGGAACACGGCAAAGAGCUGUGGCUCUCUACUUCAUAGACAAGCUGGCACUGAGAGCUGGUAAUGAGAAGGAGGAGGGAGAGACGGCAGACACGGUGGGCUGCUGCUCGCUACGCGUCGAGCACAUUACCCUCCAUGAGCUACUGGAAGGCAGUGAGUGUGUGGUGGAGUUUGACUUCCUGGGUAAAGAUUGCAUUCGCUACUACAACAAGGUCCCUGUCAUCAGGAAGGUUUUUAAGAAUCUCAAGCUGUUCCUGGAGAACAAGCAGCCUGGAGAUGAACUCUUCGACCGCCUUAAUACAAGCAUGCUGAACAAGCACCUGAGUUCUCUCAUGCCAGGUCUGACUGCGAAGGUCUUCAGGACAUACAAUGCCUCCAUCACUUUACAGCAGCAGCUCAAAGAGCUCACAAACAAGGCGGACAGUGUGGCAGAGAAACUGCUGUCCUACAACAGGGCUAACAGAGCAGUCGCUAUUCUGUGUAACCACCAGCGGGCGCCGCCAAAGACUUUUGAUCAGUCUAUGGCUAACCUUCAGGCCAAGAUUGAUGCUCGAAAGGAGCAGCUGGCGCUAGCAAAGACAGAGCUGAAACAGGCCAAGAAGGAGGCUAAGACCAAAGGCAGCUCUGACCCCAAGCUACAGACGCUGGUGGAGCGGAAGAAGGCAGCAGUGAAGCGUUGUGAGGAGCAGCUGCUAAAGAUGGAGGUGCAGGCGACUGACAGAGAAGAAAACAAACAGAUUGCACUGGGUACCUCCAAGCUCAACUACUUGGACCCACGUAUAAGCGUGGCCUGGUGUAAGAACAUGGAGGUACCCGUAGACAAAAUCUACAACAAGAGCCAAAGAGACAAGUUCGCCUGGGCCAUCGACAUGACAGAGGCAGACUUUGAGUUCUAACCCCAGUCUCAUAAGCUUGUAAAAGAUGCAAUUAAGGAACCAUUCACUUUAUUAUACAUACAGUACUUUAAUAUUGCACUUAGAAUAUGUUUGUAGACUACUGAUGUACUUGUGAUUGAUGGACUGAUUGUUACACGUUUUGUUUACUGCUGUUCUUUUCCAUUUGAUGAUUUUGGCACUUUAUUAUGAAGAUGCCUGUUGGUUGUUUUGUUUGUAAAUCUUGUGUUUGCAUUAAUUUGAAUAAAGUUUUCCCACUCUGCAGUGAAGUGACAAAAAA